AUGUACACUAAAAAAGAAUGCGAUGAGUAUCAGAGGUCCCCGUCUCUUCAACGCCCUUCCUCCGCGGGAAGACUGCUGCAUGUCCUUCAUGCGGAACUACGAAGAACAGCUAACUGGGAGAAGAAAUGGAGAAUCACGACCAAUCCAGAUAAAGUCCUCAUCAGCACCAUCGGAUGCUUUGCAACAGCUAUAGAAAACAAAAGGGGUAUCUCCAUGAGAGGUACACUUAUUAAUAUCAGAAACCCAAACAAGAUCCUGGGAUAUGAGAUCGACAAAUUACUCCACUCCACAUCUCACGUCUCCAAAAAGCAAGUGUUGAUAACCAGUGGUGGGAACAAGAUAGUGUAUAAUGGCAAAUUAUCAGACACUCAACUUCAUAACAGUCUUAAGUUUAAGGACAGGCAUGUACAAGGAAGACAUAAGACAUGGAGGAAAAUUAAAUAUUUUAUUUUAUUUUUACAGUGUAUUGGUGUGGUACAGCUCGUGGUUGCCAUUUAUUGCUUGUUCAAUGUCGAGGACACGAAGAAGAGGCUCAAGUUCGACAAUGCUGUGACAUUCGGUAUCGUGGACCCUGAAUCAGAUGCAGCUGCCUACAUCUUCUUCUCCAUCCUCUUGCUUGUGGCCAUCAUCUACAUCAUUGCAGCUUUGGUGCUCAUCCAUGGUGUGAGAACAAAACGGCGAUUCCUACUACUGCCAUGGGUGUUCUUCACAUUUUUGAAUAUGGUCAUGGCAUUUGCAGGAGGAAUCUUAACUCUCAUCAACUCUCAUGGUUAUACACUACCCAUCAUUGUUGGCUGCCUUGUGCUCUGUAUUUCAGCCAUUUGGAUCUACUUCACCUGUGUUGUCUUCAGUUUCUUCCAGGCCUUGCAAGAUGGGGAUUACUGGUGAUGUCUUCGCUGAUACCAUUUUUGUGAAGAACUCCGAUAAAUAUUGAGACUGGAUAUGAUAGCACGCGGUCACCCAGGAAACCAUUCACUGAUUCAUAGCUUAGAACCUGGAAGCACAAUAAUUUUUCAAAUUAUAUGAAAAUAUAGUUUUUUAAAUAUACCACAUGCAUUUACUCUACACUAAUCUUUGUGCAUUUAAAGCAUCCAUUGUUGUGUUGAGUUACAUCUAUCUUAUAACUACAGAGUUUUGCUAUUUAAAAGUCAUAUUUAUAUUAUAUACUCCUCACAUUUUCACUUCAUAGUGAUGCAACAAUGUAGUAUCAAAGUUUAAAAACUUAGGCCUAUUUGCUUGAUAUUGUUAGUUCAAUCUAAGUAGAGUACAAACAACUCUGAAACCACAAAGAUACGAAUAUUUUUCCAUAAACUUGACACACAACUACUGAUAGAAGAAGAUUUAUGCAAUACAUCAAUAAAUUAAAAAGGUGGAA